AUGCCUGGUAUUGGAACACUCCCGGGUGGCGCACCAGUCAUGGCGAUAACGGCAGCAGCACCACCUGACACGGCAGACUUCGGCGACUUUGUGAGCACUGAAGAUGAGGAAGUUGACCUCGAAGAGGUUGUCGAGCCCUGGCAUAAGUACGAUAUGAAGGAAACUCCAUAUGUCUUCUAUCCUAUUUGUGUUGGAGAAGUGCUCAAUGAGAGAUACCUGGUAGAGCAUAAACUCGGCUUUGGCGGAUUCUCUACUGUCUGGAUGGCCUAUGACCUUCAGGAAAAGAGGAAUAUAGCCCUCAAAGUCAUGUCUUCGGGGGAAUGUAGAGAUUACGAAACCCGCAUUCAGGACGAAAUCGUUCAGAAUAUAUAG